AAACUGUCAAGUUGCCUGGUUCCUCGUAAACAAUAUGGCUACCAAUUAAUUCCAAUUAAUAAUCUUGACAGGUCAAACUGAAUUGCCAGGCAUGAUGCAGCUGGACAACUCCUAUUCAAUGGACCAAUUACAAGAUGUGGCACGUAAAUUGGAAGAUGGAAAGGCAUGGCACAACAAAGAAAAUUUAGAUGAAGCUAUUCAGUGCUACUUAGAAGCAUAUAAGCUCGCACGUGACAUUAACAAUGAUGAAGUUGAGCGUCUGUGUGCAUUCAAUGUUGGUGCUGAGUAUGUAUGUAAGGGUAAUGCAACAGAAGCAAUAACUUAUCUCCACAAGGCUAGUCCGCCAAAUGGAGGGAGAGAUGGAACCUCAAAUGCUGAUUUAUUUUUGAAUUUUGGACUUUGUUAUGAGAAAUAUGUCCCCCCAGAAAUCGAGAAGGCAUUGGAUUAUUUUGAAAAAGCAUUCAAGGAAUGUAAGGAACAUGAUGGCAACAAUCUAGACUUGCUCAAUCUGUGUUAUGAUAGAUGCAUGGAGCUCUAUGCUAAAUCAGACAGGCAUCCUGGUGCAGCUAUAAGGCUGUGCCAGGAAAUGGCAAAUGUUUAUGCUCAAAGAAAUAGGUUUGUUGAUCAGGCUGAAAGACUUUUAGAAAAAGCUUACAUAAUUCACAAUGAAAAAAAGAAUAGUGAGGAGGAAGUAUCCCAGGCAAUUGAUGACACAUUGAAUGUGAUAAGAACAGCUGAACCUGUGCGGAAUGAGUGCUUAACAGUUAGCAAAAUACUAAAUGACCUUGGGCUCUUGCGCACACAGUGUAAGGAAUUUGAGCGAGCCACUGAGUGUUUUGAGAAAGCCAAUGAAAUGCUGAACAUGUCCCAUGAAACAGGUCAGCGACGGGACAGACUCGCUGCAGUAAUUCUGCAGAAUCUUGGAGCUUCUUAUAACUUCGUCAGCGACUUUCAGAGGGCUAUUAAUUUUCUGAAGUUGGCUGCAGAGGGCUACGGCAAACUGAAAUACCGCAAUGGUGAGGGGCAGUGCUUCAUCAACUUGGCCUAUGCUUACAGCCAGAUUGCCCAGAAUGAUUCAGAUGCUUUGGAGAAUACCAAGACAUACUUCAAUCAUGCGUUACUGGCAGCUCAAACUUCAGGUGACAGGCACAUGAUGUGGCAGGCCUAUGAAGGAUUGGGCGAUGCGUUCUUCACUAGUGGAAAAAUUACGAAAGCUAUGGAUCAUUACCGAAAGGCCUAUGACCAAGUUGAGGUGGACAAUAACAGAGCGAAGGACAGACUAUGGAUGAAGCUGGAGUUUUUGUUUAAGAAUCAGCCUGGAGUUGGGCCGAUGAAGACCCAAGAGCCAUUUGGCAUGAACGGAUCUUACAGUCACUUUGCAGUGUCACCUGGGAGACAGUCGUACAACCCCUCACCAAGGUCUCAAGGGUUUUCAAUGUCAAUGACUGACAUGGAGGAAGACAAGGUUAUUCGCAAGGAGUUUUUACCAUCAGCAGCUGGUGCCCAGCCACAUAUGUCAAGGAUAGAAGAGCAUCCAGUCAGGCCUGGAGCCAUCAGAAUAAAUGAAACAAAAGAAGCCCAACUGGAAGAAAAUAAGAAAGGAGAGAAAAAAAGAUUUGUUCCGGUACGAAAGCGUGAUUCACUGGGCCUGCAUUUACCAAAAGUCUCUCAAGGAUUAUCAUCACUUGAAAGAUAUGGGUCAAUGGGUCAAAUGUCCAUCAGAUCAAGGUCACAGCAUUCUGGGAGCCAACGCUUGCAGAUGGAUUCUGAGAGUGAACCCUCCUCUGAAAACAGUGAUGAGGAAGAGGAGGAGGAAGAGGAUAUAGAAGAAGAUGAUGGUGAUGAUGCUGCUGAUGUUGGGGACCAAGGCAUUGUUGAAGAAAUCUUCAAAAAGCGAUCAGAAUCAUCACUAGGGACCCUGCCAAGCAACCCAGAGGACCUUCAUGGAGCAUACAUGGCUGCCAUACAGGAGAAAGAAAAUGAAGAGACGGCCAGGUCAGAUGAUUCAGAGGUAUACACUGAUGAUGAGAGCACAGAGAGUGAGGAUGAAAGUCAGGCACCUGCAGUCAACAAAGAGAACGCUGCCAGAAGGGCACCACCUCUCCCCACACAGUCUCCACCCCACACUGGCACCUACCUGAAACCUGCACAGCGCAACAUGCACCGUCGCUCAAACAAUGAUUAUUCCAACAGUGAUGAUUCAGAAAAUCAGGCAACCAGUACUGUUCAGAAUGGUCGUGAUGUUGAAAGUGACAACAGCGACAACAGCACUGAUAUUGAUGAUGAUGAUGAUGAUGAUGACACUACAAGAAAAGAUGACGAUCCCCCAUAUGCAACCAUCGGUACAAUGAAUAGAAUGCAGACAAAGCCUGUCACAGAAGUUGGCAGUGACAAAGAAGAAGCCUACCCCGAGAGUAAAGUGGAUCAAAUGCCAAGAGGUCAAAGAGAGCAGUUCCUGAUGGAGCAGCAUCAGAAACGAGCACCCCCACUGCCUCAAAGGCCGCAAGAAGAGAAGUCUUCUAAGACAUGUGUCCUCAUGUAAGGAGGAAAUCUUUGAAAUUAACAAUCAUCAUUAAGAUUUACCUUAUUAAGUUAACGACGGAAUCUCUUAAGAUUCAAAGCAUCAUGUUAACGAGAAAAAAGAUCAAUAGUAUAAUAUAAAUAGUGAACUUUCAAAUAUAGGUGUUGUAAUGUUAAUUUAAAAGACUGGUAUAAAUUAACUUUAUUGUUUUAUUAUUGAAUAUUGCUAGAUAGGCGUUUUUUAUGUUUUUAGUUGUAAUUUUCAAUAGGAGCCAUAAUCAUUGAACUUGUCUGUAUGUCUGUACAUGGGUAAGUCUACUAGUAUGUGUGUCCCAAAGCUUAUGUUUGCAACUCUUCUUUAACUCUUUCAGUGCGGGAACCGAAUUUUGAAGGCCUUUGCAAACAGUUUGGAUCCAGAUGAGACGCCACAGAACGUGGCGUCUCAUCUGGAUCCAAACUGAUUGCUAUUCUGAUAGUAUUCUUUGGAAAAAAAAUCGAAGAAAAUGCUAAUUUUAGAAAUUCAACAGACGACAUUUUAGCAGAUGACAAAUUUCCCAGCAUGCAAAGGGUUAAUUAUUAGGUAGAUCUUGAUUAAACUUUCACAGGCGGAGACACAAGUUUAUGAACACUUAUGGCCCUUUGUCUGGUUUACAACCAUUGAAUUUAUAGUCCCAAAAUAAUUAUUGUGUUUUCAAUUCCUAAAACUGCUUUUCAGAUUUGUUCAAACGCUCACAGCAAUGAACUUUAUAUAUAUAUAUAUAUAUAUAUAU